GGCCACACGAGCCGCCCACUAUGGCAGGUCAGGCUUUCUCAGCUCUUUAGACUGAAGGGGCUGUGACAUUAUUAUAGGUAAAACUGUAAGAGUCUCUUUUCCAUCCUGUUUGCCGUGCUGACUCUGAGCGCCCUCACUCACUCACUGAGAUCUACGGCCUGAGAGUCACCCAAAGACACAGCAGCAAUGAUGGCGUAUCAGGCAGAGGUGAUCAACACUCAACCGCAGGUGACAAUCACCAAUUACACGGUCACCACCGGCUCCUCUGACUGGAGCUCCAACCUCUGCGACUGCUGUGACGACUGCGGCAUCUGUCUCUGUGGGACGUUUAUCCCAUGUAUCCUGGGUUGUAAGGUUGCACAGGACCAUGGGGAGUCCUGCUGCCUGCCAUUCCUGCCUGGAGCCCUGGUUGCUCUGAGAACCAGCCUCCGGGACAAAUUCCUCAUCAAUGGCUCUAUCUGUGAUGACUGGAUUGUUAUGAGCUGCUGUGCACCUUGCGGACUCUGCCAGAUGGCUCGAGAGCAGAAGAUGAGAUGCUGAUGGGUCAAAAGUACAGAGGGAGGAGGACUGAUGGCUGCACAAUGAAGACAAGGACUCUAUAUACUAAUUUAUGGAUGGAUAAUAAUUGGUCAUCGACAUAUUUUAGUACUGCAGUGCUAAUGAUAUUGGUGUUGCAGUCUCCAAGAAUACUGUAAGGCUGGAUUUGCAGGGUGAAACUUUCACACAACUAGUUGUGGGAUGUGAACUGCAUGAAACAUAAUUCUUGUGUGAUUUCACAGAUGAAACCAUUCAAGUAACUCUAUGCAGCACAUCCAUUUACUGCACUAGGCAGCAAAAUCAGCAGGUAGUAUUUUUCAUAUAUUGUAUUGCUAGGCCUUCAUGUGGCUAUAUGUAUGUGCUAUAAAUGUCAAGAGUUGGACAAAAAAUGAAAACACCUUUAUGAUAAUGCAUAUUUACAGCCGCCCUAAGGGAUUUCUUAUAGUGCUAAGCUAACACUGUUGGCUCAGCUAACACUCUUGGCCAUUCUAUGCGUUUUAUUAGAAGUUUGUUCCAGACGUUAACAUAUGUUUGAGCUUGUAUGUAUCAGUUUUAUGGUGUUGUCCAUUCCUAACAACUAACCGGAACCUGGCUAGACUACGGCUAACAUUCACAGCCAGUUACAUAUCUUGAAAUUCUGGAAUGUCUACAGCUAGGGUUCUCGACCUUUUACAAGUUGCGGCCCACAAACAAGUGAAACGUUGCAUAGAAAAUAUAAACAUACCUAGCUAGCAUGUUGGGAGACCAAUCAACGAGCUUGAUAUAAAUAUCUUUAUUUUUUUUGCAAAUAAUUAUAACAACAUUUUCAUGUUUGGAAUUGCUGUGGCGUACGGAGCCACGUUGGUGACAUCCUAUACAAAUAAAAAUAAUGCGUGGCCAUGCCAUAUUACUGCAUGGGAACGAGAUAAUUAAGUCGUGGCCAUGACUUAAUAAGGCGUGGAAACAAGAUCCUAAAGCAUAGCCACACAAUAGGAUCUUGUUCCCUCACAUUAUUUUUAUUUAUAUGGGACGUCACUCCCUAGUGGCCCACUGGGGUGCCCAGGGUGAUAUUUUUUCCUACUUUAUGCUAACAGGCUCCCAGCAAAUAUGCAACAUUAUUUCAGUCAAAAUGCUACAUUAUUAUGUGUCUCCAUUUUGAUUGGCUACUUCAUAAAAGCUGUUUCAAGCUUGAAAUUUUGCAGUUUGCAGAUAUUGAAAAUAAUCAACAUUUAGCUCCAUAAAAGCUAGUGUUGUGUGAAAGUCUCACCACGUAAAGCAGUAUAAAGAAUGAAAUUGGAAGUCUUCUUUUGCCACUUGCAAUAGUACAUUUUAGAGCACUUGUUAUUCAUGUAUUAUUAGUAUUGUGUUAUUAUGAAUGUAUUAAGUGUCACAUGAUGCAUAUUUAGCCAUUUAAAUCUCAAUAAAAUGUUUAAGUGUA